UCUUCUCCGGAGUCUCUAGGUGGAAACAUGUGUUCAGCAAGUAUACCGGGAAGGGGGAGCCUCUGCUUCACCCUGCUGGUUCUCACUCUCACCAUCCCAGGCAUAAUUGGCAGUGUUCAAGUUUCUACACCACCUGUGGUGGAAGCAGAGAUUGGAAAACCCAUCAGCAUACCAUGUGUUCCCGAGAUAUCCACUCCAAGCACUAUGAAAUAUGUCCAAUGGUUUGUUAUGGAGAAGAAUACUCGGCAACGAAUCUAUUUCCAGGAUGGAGAAAACAGAAUUAUUAACAAUAACACUGAUUACACUGGUCGAAUCAAUGUGGAUAAGAGCUACACUCUGACCAUUGACAAUGUUGAGCUUCGAGAUGAGCGGACAUUUUGUUGCCAAGUUGGUGCUGGUCCAGCAGGCAAUGGUGAAGCCACAACAGAGCUGAAGGUUUAUGGUGCGCCAGAAAGACCUGAGAUACGGCCAAGUAAUAACCUCAUAUCAGUAAUGAAAACAGAACCAUCAAAGAUUGCCACAUGUCACACUAGGAAUGGUUAUCCUGCUCCCAACAUAACAUGGUACAAGGACCGCACCCCAUUGCAAGCUACCACCAAGAUAAACAACAAGAUGUAUAUGAUUUCUCAGGCCACAAAGGAGCCCAGUGGACUUUAUACCAUUGCUAGUACACUUUAUUAUCUGCCUGAGAAGAAGGACAAAGAUUCUAAAUUUUAUUGUGAGGUAAACUACAGGAUGCCACCAGGAUUAGACAAAAUGGAGUCUAAUUGGAUCAAGAUCCAAAUAUCCUAUCCAACAGAAAAUGUGGAAUUUCAGCACCGGCCCAAUGUAUUGAAAGAGACAGAUAAUGUGAUCCUAGAGUGCAACUCCGAUGGCUCAUCUUCUGUUGAAUACACCUUUUACAGAGUGCAGGAUGGACAAGAAGAGGAGAUCCUUGGAAGUGGCACUGGCAACACCUUUGAACUUGUUGGAGUGAAACGAAAUGAGAGUGGUGUUUAUGGCUGUAGAGUGCUGGACUUUGAUGCAGAUGACACGGAUUUUAAUGCAAACAAGACAAUAACAAUCAAUUAUCUGGAUCCGAUUGCACUGAAACCAAAAGGACCAUACAUUUUUAAGGAGGGUGACAAAAAUAAAAGUAUCUAUUGUAGCGCAGAGGGAUCACAACAGACAUCUGUGAUUUGGAAAAAACACAAGAAGAUAGUCAGUUCUGCAAAUCUUCUUCAACUACCUGUGGUCACAUCUGAUGAUUCUGGAAACUACACCUGUGAAGUUACAAUCAGGGGUGUUCCAAGUCUGCAUCGAAAAAAGUCCAUCAGAGUUACAGUCAAAGGACCACCUAAAGUCAACUGUACAGAGAAGAUAUUACACGAAGGUCAACAUUAUGUCAACUUGACUUGUAUUUUCAAAGGCUAUCCAACACCAAACAUUACAUGUAGCAUUGGAAAGGAGGCACAGGCCAUAAGAAAGCGCCAGCUGACUAAUCACAUUGUUAUCAGUGAAUUGAUUCUACCACUUCCUGCAGAGGGACUGAACGUGACUUGUAAUGGCAGCAACGAACAUGGGAGUAAGACUCACAACUCCGUAGUACAUAGAGAGUCAAUGGCAAUUUCAACAAAAGGGCCUCCUAUUGCUGAGUCAAUGGCAGUUUCUACAAAAGGGCCUCAUAUUGCUGGGAAGACUCAGAGAGGGAGCAGCGGUGGAAUGUUGAUAGUCGUCAUCAUUGUGUGCAUCAUUCUUCUUGCCUUCCUGGGUGCUGUCCUGUACUUCCUGUACAAAAAAGGAAAGAUCCCCUGUGGCCGUUCAGGGAAACAAGACAUCACACGGACAGAUGGUCAGGACGAUGUUGUUGUAGAAGUUAAAAAUGACCAGAAGGCUCCAGAAGAGACAGUACUUCUACAAGGCGUUAAUGGAGAGAAGAAGUUGCCCACUGACCAGUGAAGAGAGAUGAAGCAAUAUGCAAACCAGUGGAAUGAAGACAAGUAACCACAGUGCUCCCAGCCUAACCAGACCACACGGAUUAUGACAGUGACAUGAAUUGUUUUUGCCUUUAGAAACGCUGCACAUGCUCCUACACUGAAGCAGUUUCAACAAUGCUGGAGCCUUUCUUUCACUGGAAACCACUGAACACUUUACUGAAAUGACCAUAUGGCCUGUUGAUCCCACUAAUAUUUCCACUGUCAAACUGGUUCCUGAUGUUAUUAUUUCUGUUUGAUCUCUGCAAUUGCAUAUUACCUCUUAGCUGUAUAUUUCUGCUCAAGUUAUAUAUUGUCACAUCAGCAGUUACAGAAUACAAAAUGCCUUUCCAGGCUUCAUCCCCUUCACACGAUUGAAAAGAAAAUUCAUGUCACUUUUCUUUACAAUUCUUAGAAAUUCCGAUUAAACACAGCAAUUUAUAAAUUGAACAUUUUGAUCAAGAAUGUGUAUUAAAAAGCAUCCAGAUUACAAAGUGUUGUUCAAAGAGGAAAUUCUCAGGACUGUGCUAGCAUGGUUCUAACUAGUUGCAGACAGGUAUUUGCAUAAAACACACCAUGACUUGGACUAAGUCAUUUCAUUAGUUGUAUAAUUGACAUUAGGAAACAUGAUGUGGCACAUUUGUACAUAUUUUAAUCAAUAUCCCCACCUCUCAUCAGGAGAAUUAGUUAUGUGUUAAAAAAAGUAUUUUUGUAGAUUUCAGCUGCAGUCUGUACUCAGCACUCAUUUGGCUGGACGAACUUCAGUCAGUGAUAGAGAGCGAUAGGGUUACGGGUAAGCGGGGGUUUUAAUUCUUAGUUCUUUGCAGUAGAAACAUCAACAUUAGUAAGAUCAGGAAUCUAAGUAAAUCAACAGAAUCCAAAAAUGGUUUGAUUGAAUGGAUUUUCUGUUAGAAACGCUGACCACAUAUUGAAAAUGAUAUUUACUCUCUGCUAAGUCCAAACCAAAUGCACUGCACAAUAGGUAAUUUUAACUACACUUCAACAUCAAUAGUUCUCCCCUAAAUGGAGCUUCCAGAAAUAAUGAUUUGGUUGCAGUGCAGAAUUUACAUCAUCACCAAACCUUCAUUCAUUUACAAGCACAAGUCCUCACCAACAUAAAACCUUGGUUUCUUUCUGGUAGGACACAUGCUCCAUUGAAAAUAAUCCUAAUUCAUUUUCAAAUUAGUAAUCUGUUUUCCCUUUCAUGAUCACUUCAUCCUUAAAGGAAACAUCAUGUUUAUUGUUGGAUAAACUGCUGACUAGGAAAGCAUAUACUUUCCUCUAUGACAAUGAAGUUAAAAGAAUGCUAGCUUCUGUUUCUCACUCCACUGUUCUGGUGAGUAUUUCCAGCAUUUUGUGUUUGUAAUUGCCGUAAGGGAGCAGAACGCAUGGGGUGUGGAAUGGAAAUUCUCCUUUUUAAUGUCCAGGAUAUGUUUCUGCAAACUUGGGAGCUCAGCCAGCUCCACACCAAAGCACCAAGGCUAGAUGAUUGCAUUCUGUCCAGUUGCCUAUAAGCCUGGGUGUUGGUUCUUAGUUUAGUUUAUAAAGAAUUUGCAUGUUGUUAAAUCAGAGGACACCUUUUAGUCCUGUUUCUUUUGCAGGCUGUCUGCAGCAGUCAACACCACUGAAAAUUCUCUCAGCCUUCAACUUGCCCACUUACAGAACAAUUUGGCUUACUUUAUAUUUUGCAAAUACUAAUUUUUUUUAGCUAAUUGACAUGAGCGGCAACAUUAAAAGCAGCAACUAACAAAAGUCUCACUCAGUGGCCAAGGCAUUGGCCUGUAGUUAGAUUGCAUGAAAUGUUAGACCCUAGUGCACAGAAAGGGCAAUGUUUCCUGUCAUAUGCUUGGUGUAUAGCUCCAACUAUAGAAAGUUAAAUUACCAGAAUUUUUUUAUUUGUAGAGAUAAGUUGUUGAGUGGUGUGGGAAAUUAAAUGUGGGAAUAAUUUCCUUCAAAGAUUUUUUUUGAAGGAUGUGGAUUCCCAAGAACUUAGAGCUUUGGUUUAUCUUUCUGAUAAUCCCAGCGCUGCUCAUCUCUGGUACUGACAGCAUCAUACAUGUCAGAAGAUCCCAGUUCAAAUGAAGACCAGUUACUAUUCUACAACUUUUAAUAUUAAUUCCAUUAUUGGUAUACUGAUCUGCCUUCCCCCACCAUGCAGAUUACUGCAUUCCAUUUGCUUCCUUUCCUGCCUAUAUUUGAGAGCUUUUGAACUGUACAGUCAAUGGAAAACUCCCACACAAUUUCAUUAUCAGAAUGAGUAGUAGGUGGGAAAUAAAAUAAAAACACAAGUGCUAGCAAAACACUUUCUCCACAAGUGUUGCCAGACUUGUGGCAUUUCUCUAACACUUUUAUUUUUAUUUCAGAUCUCCAGCAUCUGCAAUACUCUUAUUGAAUGAUGGGAAUCUUUACUAAAGUCCUCAAAUGGUGAUCAUAGCAUCACAAAAAUCUAAGACCCCUCUCUAAGAAGCUGGUCUGACUGCCAAAAGUUUAAUAUUGCAUUUGAGGAUGAAAGAGAGCAUUAUAAUGAUGUAGAGCAUCACUGUAGAAUGAGCUGUGUCUCACUCACAUUGCCAUUGCUGCAGUUAAUUGGCCACCUCUGACUGACUCAUUCGGAAGGGAGGCCUAUAAGCAUAUUAACACAUCGCCGUGCUAAAGUUACUUGCUUGUUUGUUAUUUAUGUUGAAAUUUUAACAACGUUGAGACAGAGGCUGAAGCUGCGGCUGGAUCUUUUAAUAUACGCAAAAUUAGUUUAAAAUUAUAUUGUACACUGAUUUGAACUGUUGCAGAUUUGGUGUAAUGCCACAAAGUGUUUCAUGUAACUAGAGUGAAGCCCAUUAACUAGAAAGCAACUUUUUGGUCAAAUGAUGUUGGGACUAGAAAAGUUAAACGAUGUGGGCAGCUGGGUAGGCAGUUCUUGGAGUCAAUGAAACAACAGUAGUUACCUCAUUCUUGAGUGGCUGAAUAUCCUGACAGACAGUACCAAGUACCACCCACCAUUACACAUUUCCUGAUUGGUGAAAAUAGUGUGCCCACCACGUCAUAGGGAUACCUCAAAGAUCUGCAAUCACCUCACUCUUUUAGAGCUUAAGGUUUUUUUUCUAUUCAUGAGUGUCACUCGUUAGGCCAGCAUUUACUGACCAUCCCUAGCUGCCCAGAUGUUAGUUAAGCGUCAAUCACAUUGCUGUGGGUCCAGAGUCACAUGAAGGCCAGAGCAGGUAAGGUCAGUAAGGGCGACAGUUUGCUUCUCUAAAUGGACAUUAGUGAACUGGGUAUGUUUUUCUGACAUUCAGCAAUGGUUUCAUGAUCAUCCCUAGACUCGUAAUUCCACAUUAUUUUUAUUGAAUUCAAAUUCCAUUAUCUGGGUCUCUGGAUUAAUAGUCUAGUGAUAAUACCACUAGGCCAUUUCCUUCACUAUUGGGUCAGUUCAUUAUUGGGCCUAAAAUCCACAGAUGUUACAGCCUUACUUUUGGCUUGAAACUACUGACAACACUAAUUAAGGUAUUAAGCUGAACUAAGUGUGUCUGUACAUUAUUUUGUACAAGAUCAGUUCUGAAGCUACCAUUACUGACUCAUAGCGUAUAUACAAGUUGCUCUAAACUACACUUUUGAGGCUCCUCUGCAAGUACACGACCAGUGUCGGGAUCAGUCACGUGUCCUAAAGUUACCUGCACAGCCUCAUUCCAUUGAAGUACUUUGUCUUAUGUAAAUUUGAAAUAAAAACUGUGACUGACUUUUUUAUGACUUGCAAAGAAAAUGCUAAAUAAAAUAAUGUUGCAAAUACCUGA